AGCCCACACACAUACAAUUAAAUUAGUGGAAUACACUAUAUUGGAAAUUAUCGGUCAUCGCUUAGAGUUAUCGCCUACGUCUUUGACUACCGAGCGACGCUAAAGCUUAAUUUGUGAUACUAUGUCGGGAAUAAUUCAAUUGGACAAUUCGGAUUGCUCUUAUAUUAAAGCUAAUGUAUCUAACUCGCAUAAUGAUGCCGUGGCAUUUGAGAUGAAAUUCGCCAAGGACAUAACCAUAUCUCAGCUGAAGAGCAAAUUGGAAAUAUUAACCGGAGGAAGUGCUAGCACCAUGAAAGUAGAACUGUAUAAAGGUGACAACUUUGUGACGGCACUGAGCAACAAUGAUGCCAAGCUGGGUUUUUAUGUCAAUUGCGAUGGCCUGCGGCUCCAUGUCAUUGAUACGUUUGCGAGCUUCGGGUUCGAUAGCGAGUCGAUUGAAAAAUUUGAGCUGACCAAUGACCAAUACGAGCAAAGGGGCGAUUCUGUGCGUAACUUCUUAAAACAGAAUCGUCUUGGGAAGUAUAAUGACGAGGAAAUGCAACAAAUGGAAGCGAAACGGCGGGAGCACGCUGAAGAAAUGCAGAAGCGGGCGGAGCGCUGCGUCGUAGGUGGCCGGUGUCAGGUGACUGUGGCAGGAAACCCAACACGUCGUGGCACAAUAAUGUACAAUGGGCCACUUGAGGGAAAAACUGGAAUUUUUAUUGGCGUUCAGUAUGAUGAGCCAUUAGGCAAGAAUAACGGAAGCGUUGGUGGCAAAUCAUAUUUCGUAUGUCCUCCAAAUUAUGGAGGUUUUGUCUCUCCGUUAUCCGUUGAAGUAGGUGAUUUUCCGCCCGAAAACUUUGAUCUUGACGAUGAGCUUUAAUAAAAACGCAAUUGUUUAUGCGAUUCCAUUUAAAUAUAUUAUUGAAAUCAUUAUCAAAUGCAUGUGUAUGCAUAUUCAAUUAUUAUAUUGAUUGUGAUAAUUUAUAGUCAA